CAUGGAUAGGGUUAAAAAGAGGAAGUGAGCACAGCGGAGUUUCGUUUCCCUAAUGAAAGUUUUAAUUUGGGAUCUGUUCUUUAACACGAGAAAGGAGAAGCGCAAGUACAGUAGUACGAGACGGGGGUACCAAGAAAGAAUACGCAGUUUUAUUCGUGCACAUGACAAUACAACAGAACAACGCCGAUCCUGACAUAAUAAUGAUGGCGGAGGCCGACGCGGAAGAGAACGUGUACCGUGAGGCUGUGGCGGAGUCGCCUGUUGUGCCCCCUAAUGGCGACAUUAACAUUGACGACCUGUUACCCGACGGUCCUCAGGGGAAUAUUCAAGGACAGAUGGAGGAGUUCCUGGGCCCCCAGCCGGAGUACGAUGAGGAAGAGGAGGAGAAGAAGUAUUACAGGAGGAAGAAGCUGGGAGUGGUGAAGAACGUCCUGGGGGCCAGCGUCGGGGGCAUGAUCAUAUACAGCGUCUACAUGGGCCUGUUGCAGAUGCAGCUGAUCCUCCACUAUGAUGAGACGUACAGGGAGGUGAAGUAUGGUAACCUGGGUCUGGAGGACAUCGACAAGAAGAUGCUGAUGGGGAUCAACGUUACACCCAUCAUAGCCCUGUUAUACACCCCCAUACUCAUCAGGUUUCUGGGCACCAAAUGGAUGAUGUUUCUGGCAAGUGGAAUUUACGCUCUCUUCGUCUCAACCAAUUACUGGGAGCGAUACUACACCCUGGUACCAUCGGCUGUGGCCAUUGGUGCAGCCAUUGUCCCGCUGUGGGCGUCGUUAGGGAACUACAUCACAAGGAUGGCACAACAGUACUAUGAGUAUGUGAACUAUAAGGAGGAUCACGUUCAGGAACAGAAGAAACUACCCAAGGGGGCGUGUCAUCGCUAUGUCAUCAUCUUCCAAUCCGUGUUCUUCAUCAUCUUCCAUCUCAGCCUGGUGUUUGCAGAGUUCCCCCAGCGCCUCUUCCUCCACCAGUUCCUUAGUGACUACAACCACACACUGUACAACGUUAAACACUGUGGUGCGGAGGGCAGUGGUAUGAUCGAGGGUUUCAACAAGACCGUCCUGAAGCACCUCCCUCGCUCCCUGCUGCUCAUCCAGGUGGAGAGUGUUCUCAUGGGGGCCGCCUUCCUCUCCAUGAUCAUCUUCCUGGCGGUGUGCGGGGCUGCGUACCGCCCCACAGAGGAGAUCGAUCUGAGGAGUAUCGGCUGGGGGAACAUCUUCCAGUUGCCCUUCAAACACCUGAGAGACUACAGGCUGAGACUCCUCAUCCCUUUCUUCAUCUACAGUGGACUGGACUCACUCUUCUCUGUCACGGGACUCACUCUGUCGUAUGGUGUGUGUACGGUGGGUCUGGAGUGGCUGUAUCUCCUGGUGAUGGUCUAUGGUCUGUCCUGCUCCCUGUUCUCCUGCCUGUCCCUGUCCCUCCUCAGGCUGCCACGCUACGUCUCUCUGCUAGGGGGCGCUGUGAUCCACGGUCCUCUGCUGGUGUUCCUGCUGUUCUGGUCCCCGGCUCCACGCUCACCUGAUCAACUGCCUUACCUGCUGGUGGUGAUCGCCCUCUGGGGAAUGGGGUCUGCAUUGAAUAAGACUGGACUCAGCAUUCUCCUGGGUAUGUUGUAUGAAGAUAAAGAGAGACUGGACUUUGUCUACACCAUCUACCACUGGUGGCAGGCUAUCGCCAUCUUCAUAGUCUACCUGUGGACUGGACUCAUCAUGAGGGCUAAACUCUCCAUUCUAUUGGUCAUCUUGCUGCUGGCGUGCUUCUGCUAUUGGACGAUGGAGCGACGCCUGGCCAAGAACAUGCAUUUCAGACUGCCUCGCAUUCCCCGCCCCAAACACAAGGUCAAAGGUUAUCGUUACUUGGAGGAGGAAAACUCAGAUGAGUCGAACUCGGAGGAGAGUGAUGAGGAUGAUGAUGAAGAGCAGCAGGAGGAGGUGAUCAGGGAGGACUUUGGUGGAGACGCAGGGUCGCAGGGCUCUGAUUCGACCAGGGGGAGGAGAGGAGGGGCUAGGGGAUGCCGCAGGAGGAGAGACGAUGAUUAUGAGCAAGCAGGGGAAAGGGAGGAGAGAGAGGGAUAGAGAAAGAGUGAAAGAGCGAAAAAUAGUUGGAGAGAGCGAGUCCUUUAGCUAUCCUCUAGGUAUCCUCUAAGUAUCCUCUUGGUGUCCUCUAGCUAUCCUCUUGGUAUCCUCUAGGUAUCCUCUAGGUGUCCUCUAGGUAUCCUCUAGCUGUCCUCAAAGGUAUCCUCUAGGUAUUAUCUAGCUGUCCUCUAGGUAUCCUCUAGCUGUCCUCUAGGUAUCCUCUAGCUGUCCCCUAGGUAUCCUCUAGGUAUCCUCUAGGUAUCCUCUAGGUUUCCUCUAGGUGUCCUCUAGGUAUCCUCUAGCUGUCCUCUAGGUAUCCUCUAGUUGUCCUCUAGCUGUCCUCUAGCUGUCCUCUAGCUGUCCUCUAGGUAUCCUCUAGGUAUCCUCU